AUGAGGCAUCUUUCCCUUCCUCUUUUAGCCAGGAAGUACGGAUUACUUUUCGCAGUUGUGGAUGCCAUACUUGACCGCCUACCACCGAAGGAAUUCUGGACGCUUGAUUGGUCGUGGCCAUUUUCUGAAUCUAUUGUUGAAGAGGUAAUGCGUAUGUCGAAUGAAGAGCUGGUUAAACGGGCUCGCCUCCUAGAUGCGGAGAUAAGGUUUAUGAAGUCCGAAUUGCAUCAUGUUGAACAUGAAAUAAAGACAAAACAAGCCAAGGUUAAGGAUAGUAAAAGUAAGAUCAAGAUGAAUAAGACGUUGCCAUACCUCGUUGCCAACGUUGUGGAGGUUAACUACGAAAAAGAAGAUGGCGCCAAUGUAGAUUUGGAUUCCCAGCGGAAGGGAAAAUGUGCAGUCAUAAAAACUAGCACGCGACAAACUUAUUUCCUCCCGGUAAUCGGCUUGGUUCCAGCGGAAGAACUCAAACCAGGGGAUCUUGUUGGAGUAAACAAGGACUCAUAUCUAAUAUUGGAGAAGCUUCCUCCAGAAUUCGAUUCUCGCGUGAAGGCUAUGGAAGUUGAUGAACGACCGACGGAGCGUUACAGUGAUAUUGGUGGCUUGGACAAGCAGAUCCAAGAACUUAUAGAGGCGGUUGUACUGCCUAUGACUCAUAAAGAUCGCUUCGAAGCUAUCGGAAUACAGCCCCCUAAAGGAGUCUUGCUUUAUGGACCUCCAGGCACCGGUAAAACGCUUCUGGCUCGUGCUUGUGCUGCGCAAACGAAGUCCACAUUCUUGAAGCUUGCCGGCCCCCAGCUAGUUCAGAUGUUCAUAGGAGACGGCGCGAAGCUUGUUAGAGAUGCAUUUCAGCUGGCUAAGGAGAAAUCACCAACGAUAUUAUUUAUAGACGAACUGGAUGCCAUCGGUGAGUGUCGCUUCUCAGUUUGUUGCACCCAUUGUUUUGGGCCGUUCUUGAAGAUAAACCCUGUCGGCAUCACUGUCCUUUUAAAGUCCUCAGGCUUCAAACCAAUGAUGAAAGUAUUCUUUCUACUCUCCUUAAUUCUAAUUAUGCAUCUAACUGAUCUCCCUAUUCUGGUAGACGGCUUCGCUGUUGCACUACCUUGA